AUGGAAGCCACCGCGGCCGCAGUUGGUUCCGAAGACCAGGCGAAAUACUCAUGCUCGCAAUGCAGAAAGGAGUAUAGAAGACCGGAGCAUUUGAAACGCCAUCAAGCAUCCCAUCUGUCAGCACGACCGCACAGAUGUGCUCUCUGUCAGGCUUCCUUCCGACGCUCUGAUCUCCUUCGCCGACACGAGAGGACAUGCACUGGUUCGAUGCUGAAAGGCAGCUCCUCAUCGAGAUCCGCAUGUGACCAAUGUGUCCGCAGCAAGAAAGCGUGCAACUCUUUGCAGCCGUGCUUGAACUGUCAAAGGAGGCAGAAGAAUUGUAGUUACGGUUCAGGCGAGCAGUUGGAGAACCCAAAGCCCAUGGAUCAUCUGCCUGUUGAUGCCAACCAUCUCAAUACUCCGACACAGGACUUGACUACGCUUGGAUACAUGGAUCUGCUCUCCGAAGACUUUCAACAAGAUCUCGCAGAUUCAUGGUCUGACUUUGAUUAUGCGAUCCCGCCUGGCUCGUGGAAUGGUCCUGAUUGGCCAAUCGAACCAAUGUCGUAUGGUCAGCGUCGGGUCGCCUUGCAGUUUCUGGAGAGAUUCACAAGAAACGAAGGCUUAGUGGCCUCCUUCGAUUGCUGUACCGAGACAGAGAGAAUUGCCGUUCGAGACCUAGCUGCAGCGAAGCACCUUGGCUGCCGCUUUGAUGCUGAAAGUCCGGUAGCCGCACAAUGCAGCGAGAUUGUGAGCUUGAUUCAGGAAGUCAUCACCGUCAAGCCGCGCAAUAGUGUUGUGACGCAGUCAUGGUCUGCUGCAGUGCAAGAAGAAUGUGCCGCUUUCUUCUCUCCUACUAAGCUCUCCUUGUUUGUCGAACUUUACUGGACGAUAUGGUCUCCAAACAUACCGUUUCUCCACCGGCCAACCUUUAACAUUGGCUCUGCAAGGCCAGUGUUGCUGGCAGCCAUGGCAGUUAUCGGCGCAUCCGUGUCAUCCGAAGAGCAUGACAGAUCCAGUGCAGAAGCGUGGUUCUGUUGCGUAGAGGAAGCAGUCUUUCGGGACGAUGAGUUCUACUACGAUGGUAGUAGAGAGUCCGCUUUUCCGCCCAAGAGUAGGAUACAAGCUCUGCAGGCCUCGUACAUUGUAUGCCUUUUCCAGAACUGGCAAGGUACGGACAGCAGUAAGCGGCGCAUCCGCAGUUUUCGAUAUAGUACCGUUAUAGCGGUAGCUCGCGACAUUGGUAUCGCCCACGCGAGACACCCAAUCUAUAGCCCGAAGACAUUUCCUUCCUUCGACUGGCACGAGUAUGUCGUACGGGAAGAGCUCAUUCGGACCUUGCUCUGGAUAUUCCUCCUCGACACUGCUUUUGUAAUUUUCAAUAACCACCCGCCKAGAAUGGCCAUUAAAGAAAUGCGUACGCAUCUUGCACUCAACGAAGGUGCAUUCCAGGCCCUGACCCGUGAGGCCUGUUUUCAGCUAUUACUGAGCAGCACGACCAACACUCAAAUCGUACUGACCUCGUACUGCGAGAUGAUGUGCAGGCAGCGCUUGAGUGAGGAGAGCAGCAAAAGUUUGGCAGACGUCGGUUCAUUGAACCUUUUCGUCUUGACUUCAGCAUUACAUUCAAUGAUAUUUCAGUCUCAGCAAGUCUUUGGAUAUGACGACCAAAUGACACCAAUUCGGACUGGACUGGAGAACUGGGUAACAACUUGGCAGAAGUACGUGCAGAUUUACGCUGUCCUCCAAAGACAUCAGCCACGAUCAACAGACGACCAGGCUUUUGGUAGUUUAUGGCAGCGCAUCGGGUUUUAUCGCUCAGCAGAUGAAUACUGGAUGCUUGCAAAACUCAUGGUUGACCGUGUUGCUAUCAGCAGCCAGAUUGAGGCCAACAGGACAAUCGGCGACGAGCCUGCGACGGACGACGCACAAGUGAAAGAUGAUAUACUGGGCAAAUACGACGAGACGAGCAUGCGUCAAGUAAAUGAACUCAUUACCGACUUUCAGAGGAUCUUGACAUAG